AUGGCCACGGCACUCGUACCAUCAACUCCUGCGACGCCUUCGCCAACGUCCUUCGCCGACCUAUCAGAAGACGUCCUUCUGCACCUGCUUUCCCGGCCGUCCUCCGACCCCAACCGCGAGCUUUCCCCAGAAGACCUCGCGCGGCUCGAGGCGGUCUGCUACGCCCUCCGCCGCCCGCUCCUGCUUCCCCCGAACCGUCGUCACUCCGUUGUUGAAACCGCCGCGCGCGCGCGAUGCCUGCGCCACCCGCUGCUGGCGCGCGUGCCGGCGGACCUACUGCGCGGAAUGGCGGCGCAGCGGUGCGGCGGAAGCUGGCUGCGCGUGCUGCGCUUCGCAUGGGCGGUGGAGGACGCCUGGGGGCUGCGGAGGGAGGCGGAGGAAGAGGGGAUGCGAGGGGGAGCCCGCCCGCCGAGCGCCGGCGCGCGGAACUCUGGCGAGUUGGCAUCAGCAGUUUACGCGGGCGAUUACUGUUCAUUCCAGAUAAAGACAAACGGCGAGCUAUGGGUGUACGGUUCAGGCUCGCGAGACGGUUCCCCGCAGUUCACCCUUCCGUUAGCGUCAAAUCAACCUCCCCCAGAUCUGCCUGCCCCAGUCACUGCCCCGGAUCAACCUGCCCUGAAUGAACCUCCCUUGGCGAGAGAUGAGAACCAGGCGGCAGGCCAAGGGUGGGCGGCUGCCGCCCUUGCUGCCGGCCUGGCGGCGGUCCGAAUCGGAACUGGCGGUAGUACCGCAGCUCCAGGCUCGGCAGCAACAACUAGUUCGGCAGUAGCAGGCGCGGAGAGACCUGCCGCUCACGCGCAGCAGCAGGUGCAGCAGCGGCGGGGAGGGGCGCGUGGGCGGAGGGGGGCCCUGAGGGCGCAAAUCGCGGUGGGGGGAAGCGCGGACGCGGAGGGGAAUGGAGGGAACGAGCGAAACGGGGAAAAUGGAGGGAACGGGGCGAGCAGGGAGGAAGAAGAGGGCGGUAUGCGGGAGAGAGUGGCGCAAGUGGCAGGGGGGAGGGCCUUCACUGUGAUACUAACGAGGUCCGGGAAGGUUUACACUAUGGGGCAGGACACUAACGGGUGCUGUGGUCACGGGCACGACGGGGUGGGGAAGAAAUUUCCUCAGCCGAAAUUAGUGGAGGCUUUAAGAGGUGUGCCAUGUCAGCAGGUCGCAACAGGAAGGAGCCAUGUUCUCGUGCUACCUAGGGAUGGGACUGUUUAUGCGUUCGGAGCGGGCGGCAAUGGCCGGCUGGGUCUGGGAGAUACGGACGACAGAUGCCGCCCGACGGUCGUGGAGGGGCUGCGGCCAGAGGUGCUGGCUGCCAUGCUGGGCGGAUUGACGGGCGGCAGCAAUGGCGAUACGGAUGGCAACAACAGCGAUACAGGCGGCAAGAACAACGAACCGGGCGGCAGCAGCAUCAACAGCAGCGCCAGCAGCAGCAGCAGCAGCAGCAGUGACCCAUACGGUCAGUACCGCAUAGUGAGUGUAGCAGCUGGCGCGAGUCACUCCCUGGCCGUCACUGCUGCUGGCGUGGUGCUGGCGUUUGGCAGAGGGCACAGUGGACAGCUGGGGGGCGCGCAGGGCUGGGGGAGCUGGGCGGGGAGUGCGCAGGGAUGGGGGGAAUGGGCGGAGGGCGCGCAGGGGUUGGGGGAUGAGAGGGCGGAGGGGAUGAGGGGAGGCGGAGGGCGGGUGGGGCGAGGGCAGGGACGAGCCGGGGGUGCUGCUGGCAGGGUGCAUGUGGGCAGGCGUGCUGGUGGUGGUGCGACUGCUACUGGCGCCAGCUAUACAGCCAGUGUUGCCGCUACUGGCAGCGCUACAUCCACUAAUGCUACUUCUGCUGCUACGGCUGCAGCAGUGGCGGCUGCUACAACGGACCUGUCUGACUGCCUGGUACCGCACCCCAUAGCGUGGCUGGUGCGGGCGGGCGUGCGUGUGAUGAAGGUGGCGGCUUCGGUUGAUUACUCCGCUACUCUUGACUGCAUGGGACGGGUGCACAUGUGGGGUUCCGGCUACUGUGGGUGCCUGGGCAAUGGGAGCGAGGCCAAUGAGGUGCUGCCACGUGUCGUGGAGGGGCUGCUGCACACGCGGAUAGUGCAGGUGACUCUGGGCAAGCGCAAGACACUAGCUCUGGACGACCAGGGGCAGGUCCUGGCGUUUGGAUGGACGGCGUUUGGAGGGCUGGGUGUGGCGGCAGGGCGAGACAAGGUGUUUUCCCCCAUGCCUGUCGAGGCUCUGGAGGGGAAACGAGUGGUGCAGAUCAGCACGGGGGCGUACCACACUGUUGCCUUGUGCCGUGACGGCACCUGCAUUGGCUUCGGGGACAAUGAGCAGGGACAGCUGGAGCUGCACUGA